AUGCCACGGCCGUAUAGAGUGGAGUGCGGAAGGCAGAAAUCUCACGCCCUCUCAGGCGCCUCUCCCCUCCAGACUCCAGGCCUGCUUCGAGCCUACUCGUCCACACCGCCCACUCGCGCUUCUUCCUCUUCGUCCCCUCCCAAGAGCUACACAUCGCACAUUCCCCUACACUCAUGGCAAAAGCACUUCCUCUCCCUCGGCUCCGCCCUCGCUUCCAUCGUCAAUCCCGCACGAGGAGACAUGAUUGCCACUCUCUCCGAGACGUCUGGCGAGUCUCUCCUGCCUUCACUGCGGGAUCGGAUGUUGCUCACGCAAGAAGGGAGGAGAUUACUGGUGGAUCGACCGAGGAUCACGACGGCUAGUGUGGAUAUGAAGUACUUGGAGGGAUUACAGGAGGGAACAUUCGGGAGGGCUUACGUGGACUGGUUGGAGUGGUGCAGAGUCGGGCCGGAUACAAGAGCACAGGUGCGGUACAUCGAUGACCCCGAGCAAGCCUACGUCAUGCAACGGUAUCGCGAAUCGCACGACUUCUACCACCUCCUCUGCAGUAUGCCCGUCUCGACCCUAGGCGAGACCGUUGUGAAGAUCUUCGAAGCAUCUCACUUCGGUCUACCCGUAGCCUACCUCUCCUCCCUAGCUGGACCCCUCCGUCUUUCCUCCGAAGAGAGAUGGCUGCUCAUCCGAGAAUUGGGACCUUGGGCUUGGGAGAUGGGUAAGACUUGUAGAGAGAAGUUGAAUGGGGGCACUUUACUGAGUUUGUAUUGGGAGGAAAGGUGGGAGGUGGAUAUGCGUGAGAUGAAGAGGGAAUUGGGACUGAAGGAGCCGCCGAGGGGAAUGGGAGGCAGAAAGAAGAAGGGCUGGACUACCAAGACGGUCGAGAAGAAAAGGGCAGCCGAUGCCACUAGUGCGACUGGCGCUCCAGCUAGCUAG